CUCUUGAAAGAGCCUUGACAUCUCGCAGACCAAACAGCGUUGAGAUUCAUUCAACAUUAAACAGUUAUGUUUGUCUGCCAGGAAGAAGUCCCUUAGCAGUGGUGUAUGGGUCAAAGCUUGCACAAUACAGUUCAUGAAACAUGUGUUCCCCAAAUUUAUUAGACCUCGAAGCCCUGCAAUGUCACAAAUCAAUGAAUCAUUUAACAUUAAACAGUUAUGUUUGUCUGCCAGGAAGAAGUCCCUAAGCAGUGGUGUAUGGGUCAAAGCUUGCACAAUACAGUUCAUAAAACAUGUGUUCCCCAAAUUUAUUAGACCUCGAAGCCCUGCAAUGUCACAAAUCAAUGAAUCAUUUAACAUUAAACAGUUAUGUUUGUCUGCCAGGAAGAAGUCCCUAAGCAGUGGUGUAUGGGUCAAAGCUUGCACAAUACAGUUCAUGAAACAUGUGUUCCCCAAAUUUAUUAGACCUCGAAGCCCUGCAAUGUCACAAAUCAAUGAAUCAUUUAACAUUAAACAGUUAUGUUUGUCUGCCAGGAAGAAGUCCCUAAGCAGUGGUGUAUGGGUCAAAGCUUGCACAAUACAGUUCAUAAAACAUGUGUUCCCCAAAUUUAUUAGACCUCGAAGCCCUGCAAUGUCACAAAUCAAUGAAUCAUUUAACAUUAAACAGUUAUGUUUGUCUGCCAGGAAGAAGUCCCUUAGCAGUGGUGUAUGGGUCAAAGCUUGCACAAUACAGUUCAUAAAACAUGUGUUCCCCAAAUUUAUUAGACCUCGAAGCC